AUGGUUGGACUAAAUGUAGAUACAGAUACAGCUAAAGAGGAAGAGUUCAAGCAUGUCAACAAAAAACAGUGCAUCACUACAUCAAGUUCUAAUCCUCACCCAACUUUGGCUAUGGCAUUUUCGAAAGUUAGAAGAAAGAAAAAUAUGGAAAGUUUAGUUUUAGGAUAG